GGAUGUUGGAUCCUCCAGCUCGGCUCUGAUUGGUCAGUUUGGGAAACAGGAAAUCAAACAUUGAUUUUUCCCGUUGUCCUCCUGUGGAUGCUCUUGCAACUCAGUGCUUCGAUAUUUGGAUUUCUCUGCUAAAGUCACUAUUUUUCUAAGGAGGAGAGACCUGCUGCCAACAUGUCGAGCAAAAGAGCCAAGGGGAAGAACACCAAGAAGCGUCCUCAGCGCGCCACCUCCAAUGUGUUUGCUAUGUUUGAUCAGUCACAAAUCCAGGAGUUCAAGGAGGCGUUCAACAUGAUCGACCAAAACAGGGAUGGCUUCAUUGACAAAGAGGACCUCCAUGACAUGCUGGCCUCAUUAGGUAAGAACCCAACGGACGAGUACCUGGAGGCCAUGAUGAAUGAAGCACCAGGUCCCAUCAACUUCACUAUGUUCCUGACCAUGUUCGGAGAGAAGCUGAACGGCACAGACCCUGAAGACGUGAUCCGUAACGCGUUUGCCUGCUUUGAUGAAGAAGGCACAGGUGUGAUUCAGGAGGAGUACCUGCGGGAGCUGCUCACUACGAUGGGUGACAGGUUUACAGACGAAGAAGUGGAUGAGGUCUUCCGUGAGGCUCCGAUUGACAAGAAAGGCAACUUUAACUAUGUAGCAUUCACACGCAUCUUAAAGCACGGUGCAAAAGACAAAGACGAUUAGAGACAAAAGCAGCAAUGGACACGUUUAUUUCCUGUAGAUUAUUGUGGAUUUCCAAUCUUAUUGAUACAGCUACAUCCUGUAACUUGAUUCUUGACAGAGCUGCACUGUGGUAAAGCCUAAUGAAGGUCAUUCAUUUAAGCUGCUUGUUGGACCAUGUGUGUGGACCCUUCUCUACCUGUCACCUCUCGCCCCUGAAACUCACUAGGGUCUCUAUAAGUGAUGAUGUAUGUAAAGAUCCCAUGUAUAAGGCUGAAAAUAAACUGAGACUGUAAUAUUUGA